AAACAGAACAGGGGAGCUAGUAAUGAUUGGAGCUCGCGUCUUUUUUAUCACGACACCACUACAGAGAUCAUCAAUAACCUUCUUCUUCCCCAAGAUCCCGACCCGACCCGUUUCCAGAUUUUCGCCCGCUACUAGACCACCCAUCGUCGCCAUGAGCACCACCACCACUAACAAAAGCCAAGAGGAACUCGAUUCCAUUUUCAAGCUGAAACGGGUCGUCCGGUCCACUGUUCGCAAAUCCCUAAAAGCCAUGGACCCUUCUCUCCGAACCCAACAAGAUGAUGCUAUUCAAAAGACUGUUCUUGAAGCUCCUUGGUUCAAAUCAUGUCGGGGUUUGUGUGCUUACAUUAGCUGCAAGUCGCUCAACGAAGUCGACACUUCUAAAAUCCUGUCUGAGAUUCUUCAACAUCCUGAUACUAUGUCUACGAAAAAGCUAUAUGUCCCUAGGGUGGAGGAUAAGAACAGUAACAUGCGAAUGUUGCAUAUAUCUCAUAUGGAGGACCUCAUUGCAAAUUCGAUGAACAUUUUGGAACCAGCUCCUGUUGAUGCCCAAGGGAACGAGCGUGAAGAUGUGUUGCAAGCAGAUGAACCCAUCGAUUUGUUCAUCUUGCCAGGUCUUGCGUUUGACAGAUGUGGACGACGUUUAGGUCGUGGAGGUGGCUACUACGACACUUUCUUGAAGAGAUACCAGGACCGUGCGAAGGAUAAGGGUUGGAGAUAUCCACUUAUGGUUGCAUUGUCAUACUCGCCUCAAAUUCUUGAAGAUGGAAGUAUUCCUGUAACACCGAAUGAUGUUCUGAUCGAUGCCCUUGUGACACCUUCUGGUGUAGUUCCCAUUACCCCUCGUGCUACUGAAAUAAUGUGAGCUCAGGAGCUUGUGUUUGGAGCUGACACUCGGAUAAUAUGUUGGGAGGCACUUGAAUUUGCUUAUUCAAUGUCAGCUUCUGUAAUUGCGACUAAAAUAUUUUACUAUACUCGGUUUGAGUCUUGUUCUUGUAUGAUGAGAUAUGAAAGAAGUUUAAUCCAAUGGUCUCUCACCCGUUUAUUUCA